AAUAUGCACUUGUUAGUGCUUAGGGAAAGGAAAGAAAGGCUAACCAAAUUGCUAAUUGAAAAAAGUUUUUAAUCCCUGACUCAAAUUUAGCUAUGCAUAUGUAGUUACAUUAUUGUCUUACACAGUUUUCAUUUCCAACGCGGAAGGAAAUGGUACGUGGAACAGUGCUAUAUGUUGCUGGGUGCAGUUUUGGCUUGCUUAGUCCACAGCCUGGGGGACAGAGUAGUGUGGGAAAUGAACUGUACCUGGAUGCAUAGCUCUGCCACAUCAGGAGUGUAAACAUAGUUGCCCCAUAACAACAUUUGCACUGACUGCAGCUCUUCUGCAGAUACGGAGCAGUCAGUCCUGUAGCCUUCCAAAAACUGAGUUAAUCUGGAGGGAAUUAUAAUGGGUGGCUAAUUGGUGGAGGCACAGGAUUCUUUCUUUAAAAAAAAAAAAAAAAAAAAAAAAAAUUCAGACUUGGGUUCAGUUAUGGUGUUCAACAUCCCACCCUGAUGAGUCAAUAACUGGUUAUGACAGUGAUGUACCUAGGGUCCCCUAAAGAAAAAUACUGUAACUUUUUUGUUGAAUGCAUGCUUGUCUACCAGCUCUAGUAGAUCUUCUACCUCUUGACUACCUUUCUGAUGAGGCCUGAAGCUUGCAUGGGAAGGAGGAUGCAGAAAACGGCAUCGUUGUGGCCCCACGCAAGGGCAGCAGAAGCAGAAUGCUUUCUUUGAAGGCUGACAGUCCCAGGAAGACAGGACCGGGUGUAUGUAGCUCUCUUGGUAGUAGCUUAAGUGUUUCUAAUCUUACAGUAUCUUCUAAAAGUUUUAAGCUAAACUGGUUUGGUUUUGGAUUUUUUUGUGUGGUUUUACUUUGAUCAAUAGGAAGGCCAAAUAGUGAGAUAAUCUAAAGUGUCAAGGUAAUGGAAGAAUGUGGGAGUUUUGAAGUUAGGUGUCGUAUUCCCUUGCACCUGUACAAUUGGACAGCUAUAUAUUGAUAUAUGUAGCAUCUAUAUACCUAUAUAUAUUUGAUUAUACAGACUGAUUGCUCCAUACUGUUGUUUCUAAGUUUAAGCAAAACUGCAAAACAUUUGUCUUGCUACUGAUUGCUCACUGUUUUGAAAUCUUUUCUACCUCCAUAAAUGCUUUAUUAGAAACCUUUUAUAUGGUGUUAUACUACUUAACACUAAGGGAAUUUCCCAAAAUUGCAAGUAUAAUGAAGAUUAUAUUUGAGGGUAUUAAGCUAACUAAUGUGUGUCCUCGCCUGUAAUCUGGAGACAAAUUCAUCACAAGUUUCUUCUAAAUAAAUGCUGAAUUUCUGUGUUUAAAAUGAAGCUAUGAAAAUUAGUUUGCUUCUGCCUUGAUGGUAAAUAUUUAACUAAAUUCUAGCUAAUUGUUAUAUUUAGACAUUAAAGUAUGAAAUGCCAAUAAAUGAAAAUACUGCUUUAGUAAACUGUAGCAGAAUACAUACAGGAAGUAAACCAAGUACAUUCCUGAUUACUUUUUCAGGCAAUCUGGUUGUGUUCAAUACAGUUUUAAAAUUUCUAGCCCUUUAUGCCAAGUUUUGUUGCCAUCAUAGUUGUGGUGUGGGUGGAAAAGCCAAACCAGAAAUGAGCAGAUCUAACUGUAAGCUACUUUGCAUGUUGUCAGUUAACUAUAAAUUGCAGCAGUCAUUGACUCAGCGGAACAAGCUACAUAAUUCAGGUAAGAGACUUGCCUAUUGCUGUAUCUAGCAACAGAUCUUCACUGAAUAUUACUGGUUUUGUAAAUCACUUCUACCAGCUAUUCAUUAACAAUGCCUCUGUAGCUUUUUAUCGAAUUGUAUUUAAUAUGAUCUCUUCUUAAAUAAGGUUUAAGAAAAAUGGAACAUUAACUUCUUUUUUUAAUAUCAUUCAGAUAUUUUCAGGUAUUAUUCAUCAGUCUUAAAAUAGCACGUCUUGUUUCCUUGGAUUUUACUUUCAUCUGAAGAUUGGUGAGUCUAGUCUAAAAGGAAAACUAUCCUAACACUUCCAUUUUGAACUUUGUGCAGGUAGUAACACAGCAGAUAACUGUUUUAUGUACUGCUGUUAUGCAGCAGAAGUGUCAGUACUAAGCAACAAAUAUGGUUAAAUGCAGAACCUGAUGGAUGGCAAAAGCUACUGUAACCUCAUGGACAAGUUAUCCAUCUGUACUGAGACUCAGCGCAUACAGCUGGCUAAGCCUUUCUGUGCUGACCCAGUGGUCAUGUUUCAUGUGUACCCAGAAACACCAAACCAGGUCACUUGCUCUGAAGAUUUGUCAUCCCUUCCUUUCAUGUCUGAGCAUCUCAUUGCAGAGAACUUCUACAAUGAGCCCUGCACGUUUCCCUACCAAAUGCCCCAUUCCAAUUACUGCAGAAGUGAGUACUCCUAUGGACCAGCUUUCAUCAGAAAGAGGAAUGAGAGGGAAAGACAGAGGGUUAAAUGUGUCAAUGAAGGCUAUGCUAAACUGAGGCAUCACCUACCUAAGGAAUACUUGGAAAAACGCCUCAGCAAAGUAGAGACACUCCGUGCUGCAAUAAAAUACAUUAGCUACCUACAGUCUGUUCUGUACAAUGAUUCUGUGGUGGCAGAAAAAAAUGUCAUGGAGCUAGGCCAAACACCUAAAGCAAUUAACAAACAAAACCAGUUUUUGAAGACGAUCUAAACUGUUUCAAACCAAGCAAAAGGUAUCCCGUCUGGGAACCUAGUAGCCACUAUAUUAUUAAUGAUGUGCAUGUUCCUGGCAGGUUCCUUAGGAGCAGAUCAUAGCACGUGAGGCUAUCAGCCCACAGAAAAGAAUUCUAAUUUUGCAGAUAGUAACUACACUUAGAUAUGAAAAAAGCAACUGGGGAAAUAUCAUCUGAGUGGCUUUAGUUAAUUCAUGGAAAUCAGAAAACAUUUCUAAAAUUGUCACCAAACAAAAAAUGUAAUACCUAUACGUGUAAAGUAGUUGUAUGUAUCA